UUUUUUUUCUGGAUGGAAGACAGCAGUCAGUAAGAUAAGUUAGAUGUAGUUCCUCCAGCGAUUUGAAACUCGUUCAACCAGUUUUUUUUUUUUUUAUGGUUUAUGUUAGGGAAACUGAACAAACAACCUGCAUAUUUAAUCAGUAAUGUUCCAGUUAGCUGCACAGCCACGAAAGGACUGCUAAAUAACUUAACAGCGAAAUUGACGCUAGCUCAGUCGGUCGAAUAACGCAUUAGCCCGUUAGCUUUCGCCAGCAGUUCCAACACAGAGCGGGAAUCAAUGAUUAACUGGUCAUGUGUUGGGAUUAGUUUUCUCUCACUAGGAGUUUACUCAGUCAACGGUUCGGGGCUUUGCUCGCUCCUCUCUCUGUGGUUCUAGGUGAGAAAUUAGCUUGGUUUUAGUAUGGCUAGCUGUUACUGUUCGUAGGGGAAACGAAACGUAUCUUCUCAGCUUUCGCUUUCCAGAACCGAGAUGCUAUGAUGGCUGUGAGUAAAUAGCCCGUCGGAUAGUCCAGCUGCUAUGAUUUUUAUACUACUACUGGUUGACCCGCUGCCACGCUGAUUAACCGCAGGACACCUGGUCCAGCAUGAAGCCCCUGGCCUCCAGAUUCUCCUUUUAUGUGGGUUUUGUGGUGGGGACUGUCUUACUGUAUGUGAUCCUGCGGCCGGUGUGGUUUGAGGGGAUCCAGCUCGCCGGCAACUAUGGGAAACUUAGUGACCGACAGCAACAGUUGGACAAAGACAAGGGGAUAUGGAAGAAAGAGAGAUCCGCACUGUUUAACUUGGAUCACCCUCACCAUACAGGCGAGGAUAGCCGCAUGGCUGACGAGCUGUACAACAAGGUGCGCAUCCUUUGCUGGGUGAUGACUGGUCCCAACAACCUGGAGACGAAGGCUCGGCACGUGAAGUACACGUGGAGUCGCCAUUGCAAUAUAGUCAUCUUCAUGAGCUCAGUGGAGGACCCCGACUUCCCUACGGUGGGGCUUGGCACAAAGGAGGGACGCGAUCAGCUGUACUGGAAAACGAUUAAAGCCUUCCAUUAUGCCUAUGAGCAUCACGCCAACGAGGCAGACUGGUUCCUCAAGGCAGAUGAUGAUACCUACGUGAUAGUGGACAACCUGCGAUGGAUGCUUGCAAACCACACACCAGAUGAGCCUAUUUACUUUGGCCGAAGAUUCAAACCCUACACCAAGCAGGGGUACAUGAGCGGCGGUGCUGGAUACGUGCUGAGCAGAGAAGCCCUGCGGAGAUUCGUAGAAGGUUUUAAAAACAAAGUGUGUACUCACACUACUUCUGUAGAGGACCUGGCAAUGGGACAGUGCAUGGAGAAAGUUGGGGUGCUGGCAGGAGACUCUCGAGACACCGCACAGAGGGAGACAUUUCACCCCUUCGUCCCCGAGCAACACCUCACUGCCAAGUUCCCCAAGAGCUUCUGGUACUGGAGCUACUGCUACUACCCCAUAUCAGAGGGUUCAAACUGCUGCUCAGAUGUGUCGGUGUCUUUCCAUUACGUAGACGCUGGCGGCAUGUAUUUGUUGGAGUACUACGCCUAUCACCUGCGUGCCUUUGGCUACAGAUACCGCUACCAGCCACCGACUCCGAAGGCUUACAGAUUGGAACUCUCAAAUUCCCUGGAUUCUGCAGGAGAACUGAAAGAGGGGACUUCUGGCGUUAAAGAGCACGGUGAUGAUGAUUUACCUAGACCUGACCAAGGGCAGGAUGCAGGUCCUCCGCCUGUGGUUGGUAAAGACGCUGCUGCAGCUCCGGUUUGAUAAUGACACGGAUUUUGAGGCAGAGAGAAAAUUGAAGUUUUUUUUGUGUUUACCCAUUCAUUGUGAUAAUCUGGGCUUGUAGUUCUUCACAAACAGAAAGGCGGUCCACUUUGAUCCUAAGUUUCUUCCACAUACAAGUGCGUACCCUGAGGAUCCUGGAAGUUAAGGUCUGCUUUUUAUGUCAGCUGUGACUGCAAGACUGUUCCUUGGACUGAGAUCUCGUUUUAUGACUUUUACCAUUUUAUUUUUUUCCAAGUGCUUUUACAACUGUGUUUUGUUGUCACCUGUGUCUGUCUCAUAUUGAUUUUGAGCUAGUAAUCCUGUUCAACAUUUUAAAACAUUCUCAUUUAAUCAUUGUGUUUUAUGUUGUGCAUUUUAAGCCUGCAGUCACAAGAAAACUGGCAUUUCGUUCUGUUUACUUGGAGAAGUUGUCUGACUUUAUUCCACACGCAGGUCUGGUAUUUAAGUUCCGAUCUGCAGGACGUCCUUGUCAAGUCAAAACAACUGCAAUUACAUUUGUUUGGUUUUUGCAUGAGCUACCUCUCAAACCUGAUGUUGGUUGUGUUUUAAAGCCUUUUGUUGGUGGACAUAAAGCAUAAGGGCAACUUCCGUGUAGGAGUCAUCAGUAUCAGUCGCAUCUUAUUUGUUUAAGCUUGAUGAAGGAAAUCUGGUCUGUCCAGAACAGACAGGUUUUGUAUACAGAUUCCAAGGCAUUUGGAAGUUUUAAGAAGCAAUGCUUUCUAAACUGCUCCGCUCCCAUUGUUUAAAAUCCUGGAGAGGAGAUUCCCAUACUAGCCCGUGCCUAGUGUUGAAUACUUAUUUAUGAAGUUUUUCUGUUUACCCAGAUGACCAUGGCUGCGAUAGACUAUUGGUUGAUUUUAUUUUGUUGUUUUGCUAAUUUAGAUUUAAACAUUUCCUUAUUAUGGUUCAAAAACUUUAAAAAUUGCCAUUUUUGCUAACAAUUAAAAAAAUUAAAAAGGCACAAAAUACUUACAGAUGAAAUAAGAUUAAGGUACAUUUUGGUAAUAUUGUACAUUAAAUCACUUUACUGGCAGUUAUUAAAGUCAAAAAGCUGCUUAAUGAAACAAAUAAAGCAAGUCAGCUUUUGAUGAAAGUGAUCAUAGAGAUAUAAAAGAUACAAUGGAGCUUGAAACGUAUUUGGCUCCCUAACAGAUUUCUUCUGUUUACUUUUUUUUUGUCACACUUAAAAGUUUCAGAUCAUCAAACAAAUGUUGAUAUCAGAUAAAGAUGUCUCGAGAAAUAACAUGGGGCAGUUUGUAACUGAUGACUUCAUCAAGAGAAAAAGCAGUUCAAUAUGAACAGUUUAAGGUCAUGCUACAGUGUCUCAAUCUUAUUCAAGUCCAAACUUUGACUAGACCAAUCCAAAACCUUAUUUAUUUUAUUGAACCGUUCAAAUAUUUGUUUGAGCUUAAGAUCACAAACUGAUGGGCGGACAUCAUUCAUCAUCCAUUGGUUACAAGUAGUCCAGGUCCUGGAGGUGCAAAGCAGCCCCAGACCAUCACACUACCACCACCAUGUUCAACUAGGUAUGGCGUUCUUAUCCUGAAAUGCAUUCCUGCCAGCUGUAACAGGACGCACACCUUCCAAAACGUCCUACUAUUGUUGCAUCAGUCAGUAAUGGGAUCAUCGGUAUGGUGUUUUCUUUCCAGACUGAAGGAUUUCAGUGACUUUGUUUCUCCAUUCUAAAGAUUCUUUAGAUUGCAGUAUAAUGUCUUGUUUUUUGUGGUCGUUUGGCCUACUUCAUGUUGUGAUGCAGGUUCUAGUAAAGUGAUUUCUUGAUUCUGUGGCAAGGGAAAUUGUGUGUAACUACAGUUAAGUCCUGAUUUGACCAUUGAGGCAAUUGUCUUCUCACACAGGGGCAGUCUGCUAUUAAAAUUAGCUUGGUGAUCUGGAACAUAUGUGUGAAUCAAAACGCAAAAAAAAAAAAAAAAUCGGAAAAGUAGCCAAAACAUUCUCACAGCAGUAUUAUCAUUCCAGCAAUUGGAAAAGAGAACAUAUAAAGGUCGUUGCAAAGUAUACAUGGGACAGGGUGACUACAUUAUCCCAGAUCGAAAUGAUCCAACCAAAGAUUCCCACUUUUGGGAAAAGAUUACCCUAAAAGCCGACUUGUUUAUGAAGUUGUCGGCCUUUAUUAAUUCAGUUAAUCCCAUUGUUGCUGCAGGAUCAGUGCUGCCACGUUUCCAGACUGUUUUUAGUGGGGUGGAUAAACUAGAUGGAUGAGGAAGUUGUUGAUAAAAUUAUCUUUUCGCCACUGUAAAGAAAGCUGGUCUGCUGUACGCCACCUGUAGCAGAAUGUUGGUCUGCGCUUCCUGCCACUAGAGACACAUACACACAUAUAUACAUAUUACAAUUUCCUGCUUCCCUCUCCCCGAGGUGAUGCAUAAAGGAUGUGCCUUGCAAACAGAAUGUAUGAGCCAUGAGCUGCACACACAACUUUGCACUGUGACGUUACAAUAGGGAAAGGAGGGUGAAGGUUAGUUGUAUUCAGUCCUUUAUAUAUAUAUGUAUGUAUGUAUAUAUAUAUAUAUACAUACAUACACACCCCUUUUUGGUUUCCUUAUGCUUUAGUUCUAGGGAGAUCACAUGAUUAGAUUGUUUUUAAUUGGAUAAAACUUUUUUGUAGAUGAUGCACCAUGUGUUAAAAGUAUUUCAUGUGGUUCCUUAAUUAAUGUCUAAUAAUCUGACAAUUUCAUAUUGUUGACAGGAAAUGAUGACUAAGAGCUGUAUGAAAAAGAAAAAAAAACAACAAUUUUAAUUUAUUUUCUUUUAACCACUUUGAAAAUGUAUUAUGCCUUUCAAACUAGUUUUUUACAACUGUUUAUGUGCGCGUGAACACAGACUAGUUCCUUUUUAUUUUAUUUUUUUUUGUAUUGAAAAUGGUUGUAAGAUUUCACAAGUUUCAGUGUCAAAUUGUGAUGUUUUACAUAACGGUUCCUUUUAAAAAUGGGAGUUGCUUGGGCUCAUGUUUGAUAACUGCUGCAUCGGUUUUAAUGGGAAGAGUGAGGCACUACCAUUCUUUGACAAUCUUGUCAAUAUUAAGGAGAAAUGUACAGUGCUGUAAUAAUAUUUUAAUUGUAUUUAUCUUAGUGUUGGAAUUUGAUUUAAGUGUUCAAAAUUAUUAGGCAGUGUGAGAGCACAGAAUGUGUGAUUUUCUUUUUUUUUUUGUGAAAAGUACUUUAAUCACUAUAAAUAAAUGCAUAUUUUACCCUA